GCCGGGCUCGGGGCUUUCUGCUUGUACUCCGAGCCGCGGGGAGGACCGGGAGCCCCGGACACAGCGUGGGGAGGAGGAGGAAGAAGAGGAGGGAGCAAGAGAAGAGCCGGCAGGCGAGGGGUGGGGGGCAGGAGGCUGGCCACCUUCAGCCCCCCCCCGCCGCGAGCGCCCAAGGUGUGCACAUCGUGACCGACUCAGCAGCAAGGUGGAUUUUCUUUGGGUUUGAAGAAGACAAAAUGUCCCCGUGUCUGUAGAGAUGAUUUGCAGUUCAGCCCGGCUGAAGCUGACCGAAUGAGACUAUGGGCUGUGCCUCCGCCAAGCAUGUUGCCACUGUUCAAAAUGAAGAGGAAGCCCAGAAAGGGAAGAACUACCAGAAUGGAGAUGUGUUUGGCGAUGAGUAUAGGAUCAAACCAGUGGAAGAAGUCAAAUACAUGAAAAACGGGGCAGAAGAGGAGCAGAAGAUAGCCGCCAGGAACCAAGAAAACUUGGAAAAAAGUGCCAGCUCAAAUGCAAGACUUAAAACUAAUAAAGAAAUUCCUGGAUUAGUUCAUCAACCCAGAGCAAACAUGCACAUCUCUGAGAGCCAGCAAGAAUUCUUCAGAAUGCUGGAUGAAAAAAUUGAAAAGGGUCGGGAUUACUGUUCCGAAGAAGAGGAUAUCACAUAGCACCGAUUCUCCCACUCAGACCAGGAGCUACUGCUGUGUAAAUAGGUUACACCCCAGUUGAAAUCUUUGCACAGGUCGGUUCUCUUCAAUGAACAGCACUAUAGCAACCGAAGACCGUUCCAUAUCGUAUGUCCCAUUAAAUUACAGUGUUUCUUAAUGAACUUGCAGAAGAAUAUUGCUAAACAAAACAAAACAAAACAAAAAAAAAAACUGUUCUCGAACUUUCUUUGUUGCUGCUAGUUAAAACUUGUUGCAACUUUUCACUUCUCUUGUGUCCAGGUAUGCAGCAAAAUUCUGCAGUUUUCACCUUAAAGAUACUAUUGGUUUUCCAGAUGCUCUCCAACCUAUUUUCUAUAAGAUGAGGUAGUGGUGGACUCAGAUAUCAAACUUCUAUUCUAGACCCGUUCCGCUUCUAAGUCAAGCGUCUCCUUCCCUCACGUUCCUCCCCGCCCACCUCUCCCCCAGCGGUCCGGAGAGGACCCGAGCCUUGCUUUUCAGUGGCACUGCGGAGCUUGGGAGAUGGGAUGGUUGCUAUGCCAAGCAUUGUUUCUCUGCUCAGAAGAAGUAGAGGAGCUGUUAUCACUUAAAAACCACGUUGUGACCUGACUCCUGCCGGUGACAUAGGAACAACUAGCAGGAGGUUGUUCCACUUCCUAGGGCUCCUUGUCGAGGAUUGAGCUUGCAACGCUGGCUUUGCUCAGAUAUGGACGGAAGUGUGACCACAAUCAUUCUGAAUCCCUCCUCCGCCUUGCUUUUUUUUUUCUAAGAAAUAAACAUUUUACUGUUUUUAUGUACCCUUGUCUUCUCCCAUUCAUCCAGCUCAGUAUCUUAAGAUGAUUUUGGUUAUGGAAGUUAAGUCCUUCGCAGGGACACUGAUAAUUGGACUAAAUGGCUCCCUAACCCAUCUGUUGAUAAUCUACUGAGGUUUGUAAGGGCUCUAAGCAGUCAGGAUGGAUGGGCAGGCACCUGUGACAUCUUAGGAAAGCCCGAAACCACCCUAAUACCUUUCAUUUUGUUAGCAAAUAAAACAUCCAGUUUUGUCCUUCUCCCCCAUGACCAUGACACACGAGCCUUGCCACUCGCUUUCCUUCUUACUUCCAUCCAACACUGGGGGUGUGGAGGAAGGUGUCUGCCUACUCGAAAACAUAGGACAUUCAUGCAGGCGAUGUUAUUUGGAGAUGUGAAAGCCAAAAGCCCCUGGCAGUGGUGGGGAAUGUUGACUGUGUGUUCAGUAGAGUUUAUUUUUCCAUACUAUAUAAAGAGAAUGAUCUCUUCUCAAAGACAGAAGUAAUAUUUUUAACAAAUAUUGUCACAAGUAAAUAGCAAUCAAAAGGAGAAAAUAACUUUUGUAUUUUUUUAUCGUGUUUGAUAGCUUUGAUGAGGGUUCUCUUUGUUACUUUCAAGGGGAGGGUGCCCUAUUAAAUGCCACGCCAACAGUCCAGGAUUGGGUUUGUCAUACCCCCCAACACACACAAAAGAAAAAAAAAAAGGAGGAGGAGGAGGAGGAGGAAGAGUGCGGUACGUUUCUCUUGGGGUUGUGAGUUUCCAGGGUCUGGGUAUCAGCCACACUGCCACCUUCAGGAGGUGAAUAGUAAUGAUGAGGGGUAAUUAAGAUGUUCCCCGUUGUCAAAAGAUGGCCUGCCACAAAAUAGAAUGAGGAGCCAACUUCGCUCUUAUAUUUCCAGAUCUAUGCACAAGACAGAUAGUACUCUUGAUGUGCAGACAGAUCUCGUCUCCUUUCGGACCUGAGGCAGCGAAAGCGAGAGGAAGGAAACUCGGUCAAGUGCCAUUGGAAAUGGACUCAAAUGUUAGCAACAAAAUCCCUUAAUUCUUGCAGCCAGUGGCAGCUAUUUUGGGGAGCAGCUGUGGUUGUUACAUAAAUAGAGAUGUAGCCAGAAUCUAAGGCUUUUUAUCCAGCUUCAAGCAGAAAAAAAAUGCAGGGAGGGUCAAGUAAUCUGGGGUUUUAAGUUCCUUUCCCUGGUAUGGUUUUUGGCUAAGUGACGAAAAUAGCUUUCCUCAACUGUAAAUGGACACUGCAAAACCCCACCUCAACCUUGUUCACCGGGGACUCUGUUCACUGUUGUGUGGAUGACCUUUUCUGGGAUCUCACAUUCUUAUCAAGCAAGAAUGAAGCGAAUGCUAAUGUCUUCCAUUUGACUCCUUUACUUGGUGUCUCCAACAGUGUCUUCCCAGAAAAUCACCACCCUAUACCCAAAGAUGAAACACACUCAUACGAUUUUUCUCCCAGUCAUGUUUAGCAUUUUGACACAUCCCACGUUUCUUGGGAACCUGACUUUUGAGUGUUAAUAAAACCCUAUGUGUUGUUCCCCUGAACCAGAGACUUUUCACUUGAAGUUCUGUCUCCUGUGUUUAACACUGGUUACAUAUGUACAAAAGUGAUUUCAUCUUUGAACACACCUGGUACCUGUACAAAUAGGUCCCAGAAAUUGUGGGGUGGUUGAGUUGGGUUGUUAUGAAAUGAUUCAUUCUGUUAGCAGCACUCAAAACUGUUUGUUUUCCAUUUGUUGGUUCCAAUCAUAAAAUUGUCAAGUGA